ACAGUAAUGACUUCUUAAUGGAAGGUAAUGGAGGCAGGCAAAUGGUCUGGGGUGCAAACUUUCCACUGUUGUCUUGUGGCAUGUCCAGUUUAACGUCCUCUGAAUUCACCUCCGUGCUGUCAGCAGCUGUGGUCUGCAGGACCUUUCGUGGUGACUGAGGUAAGGCGAUGGUGAAUUGCUGUUUGAAAUCCAGGUGUUUUGAUUUUCCGUCAAUGCGAUGGCGUAAUUGUGUGGACGUCCUUGGCUGUGCUUCGUGACUGGUUGGAUAUAUUGAUCGAUGUCAAGUGUGCUCACAGUGUGUGUGUGUGUGAGGAUGAUGAUGAUGGGAUGUACUUGAGCUCAACCUCAGAGGGAUUACAGUUGAGAACAGUUGCAGAGGCUACACUUCACACUCUCGGCUAGUAUAACCAGUACAGACGGGUAAUCUUUACAGUGACUUUGUCUCUCAAACAUUUCUUUGUUUGCAUGAUCAACUCAAAUGCAGGAUGUCGCCUUCACGCUUCAUUCUCUGGCAGGAGUUGGUGUGUAGUCGUGAAGCUAUUUAUGUUGUGAUACAGCUGAGCAGAGCGAUGCGUUUGCAUGUGAGUUUCACUGCAUUUGUGUUCUCUCCACUUCACAAGAUGACAACUCCUUCAGAGCCUCCCUCGAGUGAUCAGGAUUGCAUUAAACUUGAGAAACGAGAGACUCAUGUCUCUGAUGGAAAUAACUGCAAACCAGUGAGUGUCAGUCCACUCAGAGAAAUGACGAUGAGCCGAUGCAGCAGCGGCCGCAAACUGAGCACCAUCUCAGAGCUGGACACUGAUCACAGCUCCCAUGAACCACUGGGUGCCAGUGGAUGGGCAGGUUCCAGCCUCUCUAUGUGUUCUGACAAGUGGAAGAACGGCAGCAGUCAUUAUUCAUCAGAUGAUUCGUACCAGCCUGGCCCUGGAGAGGACUGUGCCGCUCUCCUGCUCGCCUGCCUGUAUUGUCGUUUCCAUGAGUUAAUGCUCCUGCUACCUGAUACAGUCGAGAGGGCGGUGAGUCGCUGUUUUCCCUCCUACAAAUACAUCAUGGCGUCCAGUGGGAUGGACGAGCAGGGACUGGAGUGCUGCAAUCACCAGCUGGAGCUGGACUGCAACGUGUGCGGUGAAUCCUGUCAAGACGUAGGAGAACUUGUGGAGCUGGCCAUGGAGAUAUCGGAGGUGUGCUACCGCUGAAUCGCUCACCUCUGACCUGCUGCACGUGUAAACCACCACGAUAUACGAGGCCACAUUUGGAAAAUAAGCUGCAGCUUGUGUCACUCAACAUGACAUGACAUGACAAUAUACACAGUAUACAGAGUUGGCUGUUAAAAUAAUAAUAAUAAUAAUGAUAAUAAACGGUUACAGUGUGUUUUGGCCUUUUCCCGGCCUAUUUAUUUAAUAAAUAUUGACAUUGAAGCACCUUUUAGUACAAAACUCAGGUUUAUCCAAGUAAAAAUCAACCGGAUAUCCAUCCAUCCAUCCAUCCAUCCAUCCAUCCAUCUUCUACCACUUUAUCCUCCACAUGAGGGUGGUGGGGGGUGUUGGUGCCAAUCUCAGCUGACAAAAAAAAAUGUAUGUAGUGAAUGUAAAGUGAUUCAUGUCAUGUAUUUGAUUUCAAAAUGUGAUUUAAGGCUAUUGUGGAGUUUUGUACGCAGUAUGUUUAAUGGUGAAUUAAUAAAACGU